CAGAAGUCCCAACCGUAAUAUAAGUUGGCCGUCAUACAAGUUUAGUUUCUUCUUCCUCCUCUGAAGACGAAGAAGAAUCAUCCCUAGCUUUUUGGUGGCAAGCAACUCGCUACAAUGACAAAGGGAACAGGAAGUUUUGGUAAGAGGAGGAACAAGAGUCACACACUGUGUGUGAGAUGUGGUCGUCGUAGCUUCCACAUCCAGAAGAGUCGCUGCUCUGCCUGCGCUUACCCCGCCGCUCGCAAGAGGACCUAUAACUGGAGUGUGAAGGCAAUCAGGAGGAAGACAACCGGAACCGGUAGGAUGAGGUAUCUCAAAAAUGUUCCCCGCCGUUUCAAGACUGGUUUCAGAGAAGGUACUGAAGCCAAGCCAAGGAACAAGGGAGCAUCAGCUUCCUCAGCCUAAAAGAGUAUCCUCAGUUCUCGAGUUUAAACGCAGGAAGAAGACUUGGCACUUUUCGCUCUUAUCUAAUUUUGAGAUUUUGCUAUUCCUGAAAUACAAUUUAUGUUUUUGUUUCAUGUUUUGAACCUGGAUCAUAUCCCUUCAUUUUGCAACUUUCAAAAGUCUUCCUUUCUUUGCCUAA